GGGGCUGGAGGUGAACCAACCAGCCACCCACCCAUCCUCUCCACUCACUCUCCCACGGAUACGCGACUCCCACGGAAGCAGGUCGCUCCCUCACCAUGAGCCGCAUCCUCCCGGCGCUGCUGCUGGACGUGUUGCUGCGUGGACUCGUCAUCUAUGCGGUACUCGGCGGCUCUUCCUCCAGCGGCGGGCUGCCCGAUGCUGCAGCCGUAGCAGAUCCCUGUCUCAUUGUGAUGCCGCCAUGCAUGGGCGAGGCCGACCGCUUCAGUCUGGAGGCGCUGCGGCACAUCCACAAGCAGCUGGACGACGACAACGACGGAGGGAUAGAGGUCAACGAGAGUUUGGAGUUUAUAAUAGAGGACAUGAAGCAGCAGCAGACCAACAAGCACAGCAACCUGCACCGUGAAGACCAGAGCAUCACAGUGGAGGAGCUGUGGAAGAGCUGGAAGACGUCUGAAGUCCACAACUGGACGAUCGAGGACGCGGUGCAGUGGCUGAAGGAGGCGGUGGAGCUGCCGCAGUACGAGAAGAACUUCCGGGACUUCCGGGUCUCGGGGAACACUUUACCUCGAAUAGCAGCAAAUGAACCGUCGUUUAUGUCGAUGCAGCUGAAGAUAUUAGACCAGCGGCAUAAACAGAAACUAAACCUCAAGGCCCUGGACGCGGUGCUGUUUGGUCCUCCGCUCCGUCCACAACAUAACUGGAUGAAAGACUUCGUCCUGAUGGUUUCCAUAGUGAUCGGUGUGGGGGGCUGCUGGUUUGCCUACGUGCAAAACAAGUCCAGCAAGGUGCACAUCUCUCAGAUGAUGAAGGAUCUGGAAAGCCUGCAGCACGCCGAGCAAAGCCUCCUAGACCUGCAGAGUCGACUGGAGAAAGCUCAGGAGGAGAACCGCACGGUGGCGGUGGAGAAGCAGAACCUGGAGCAGAAAAUGAGGGACGAGAUCAACGGGGCAAAGAAGGAGGCUUAUCGGCUCCGGGAGCUGAGAGAAGGAGCUGAGUGUGAGCUGAGCCGCCUGAAGUACGCCGAGGAGGAACUCGUACAGGUGCGAAAGGCCCUGAGGAGAGCGGAGAAGGAGAUGCAGUCGGAGCGCUCGGUGCCAGAAGCUCUUCAGAAGUGGCUGCAGCUCACACACGAGGUGGAGGUUCAGUACUACAACAUCAAGAAGCAGAACGCUGAGCUUCAGUUAACCGUCGCCAAAGAAGAGGCAGAGAAAAUCAAAAAGAAGAGAAGUUCUGUGUUUGGAACUCUUCACGUAGCCCACAGUUCAUCACUGGACGAGGUGGACCACAAGAUACUAGAGGCAAAGAAAGCCCUGUCGGAGGUGACGGCGUGCCUGAGGGAGCGGCUGCACCGCUGGCAGCAGAUCGAGAAGCUCUGCAGCUUCCCUGUGGUCAGUAACUCGGGGCUGCCGAGCCUGACGGCCAGCCUCUACUCAGACCACAGCUGGGUGGUCAUGCCCCGAGUCUCGGUGCCUCCCUACCCCAUCGCGGGAGGAGUGGACGACCUGGACGAGGACACGCCUCCCAUCCAUCCUCAGUUCUCCACGGCCACGUUGAUCCGUCCAUCGCUGACACGCAACAGCAGCAUGUGCCGCUCCCGCCGCAGCCUGAUGAACUCCCCCCAGUCCACGCUGAUGUCGCCGGACCCCGACCUGCUGUCCAUGGCCAGCUCGUCCCUCUCCUAUCACCCCGAGGCCGACGAGGAACAUAUUGUGUUCAGCUCGGAUAGGAGGGGGGAACCGACGCAGGAGGGCGGCUCCGACACAGACUCCCUCAGCUCGUCCAUGGGCCGGAAGCCGCCGCACAACCCCUGCACGCCCGGCUCGGAGACCCCGUACCGCAAGAUCUCCCGCGAGGAGCUGCUGCUGUACAGCCACAGUCCGGAGCUGGCGGCGUGCACCCCCCACACCAGCAGCAGCAGCAGCAGCAGCAGCCUCAGGGACUCCACGCCUCCCCCUCUCCCCCCGACCCCGGCCACCACCCCGUCCGGGCCGCCGUCCACCUCGCCCUCCCCGGCCAUGGAGCACCACCCGUUUGCACACAGAGGCUCUCCGGACCUCACCCGCAUCCUGCCCGAGUCCCAGAGCAUGACCUUCACGCCGGGGGGCGUGUCCUCGCCCACGGGGAAGGGCGUGUACAACGGCAUCCUGGAGAAGUCCUACAGCUACGGGCAGCUGCCGGCCAGCAUGCUGCCCAACGUGGGGGGGCGCAACCCGUCUGUGACCUCCCUGGACUCGGAGGGCCGGAGCGUGGGGCGGGAGCACAAGCUCCAGAGCAACUCCUCCCAGGACUCCAGCGACAAUGGAGAGAGAAUCAAGCGCUCCUCGUCCAAAAUCAAAAGCCUAUUUAAGAAGAAAAAAUAAAACUUAAGAGAGCGAAAGAGAGAAAUAGGAUUAGUUGUUUUAGCCUGAAUACUAAUAAAAAGGACAUCACUAUAAGCUAAAACAUUUCAUUUUUCUCUCCUAAGUUAUUUUGUUAUCAAAGAUGGAAUGUAGCUCAGGCUGGACGCCUUCAAACACUCCAGACUGGUCGCCUUAUUUUUUAAGUUCACUCAGCCUCGCGGGGAAACCUGCAGAGGUCACGGAAAGGUCAAUCAGACGCCACCCACGACCUGGUCGCUGUCUUCUCUUAAUGUUACUUUGCUUUUCAACCCCAAAAAAGCCACUUUGAGUAACGGUACCGUGUCAAACGUAGUGUUUCACUGUCGAUGUCUUGUAGAGAAUCAUAUCCGCUGUUUAAAUCGCACUUUGAAAAGCGACAGCAACACGUGAACAACACCCAGAAAAAAAAAAGGUCCUAUAGUAGAUUGGGGAUAAUGUAUCGUCUUUUCUCAAGUGUCCUAAUUUACGACGGAGUAUCAGGGCCAAUUAUAGGGAAAAUAAAUCAGAGAUAACAAGAUUAACUUUGGGACAUGUUUAACUUAAAUAAAAAAAUAAUUCAUCUCAACUUCACCCCUUGUAGACAAAUGUUGCGAAUUUGCUGAUGGUGCAAAUACUACACAUACCAUGAAGGUAUUGGUAGUACUCUGCCGCCAUCUAGUGGUCGGAGUGGAGAAUACAUACUAGCCCCUUGGUACUGUGCAGCAAAGUUAUUUUGAGAUAUUAAGCUGUAUUUGAAAUACUGUGAUGAUGGAACAGCAAUGAUUGUACAGAAACAUAUGUUGUUAUUCAAUUUCAAGCAAAAGCAGCAUCAAUAUAAUAAUCUACAUACCAGAGAAUGGAAAUUACGUUUAUGCCCCAUUAUGCCUAAUGUCGCUAUUUGCCUCAAACCUAAAUUUUAUAUUUAUUGUAUAUGGUAUAUUGAAAUUAACAAUCUCCACUUAAUUUAGAAUCUGUAUGACAGCCAAAAACACAAAUAAUAUUUUUUUUAUAUAAUUGGAAAUUAAUUCAGGCAAUAAGGGGUUACCAGGAGUUUUAAAAUGUGGUGCAGACUUGCCGUCGAUAAAAGUUCUCGAGAACCACAACAAAAGAUCUUAAUCAAGUGCGACUUUUAUCUCUAAUAUUUAUUUUCUGUAUCAUGGCCCUAAUACUCAGUCGUCCUAAUCACCCCCCCCCCUUCCUGUUGAAAUUAUGAAUUGCAUCUUAAACAGUCUUCAAGAGCUAAACUCCUGUCCUUGAUGAAUUUUCCUUUUGAAAAAGAAAACCCUGCUCAAAACUUUAUUGCACUACUGCUUUCCUGGUCCUCUGGGGAAGAGCCACUGCUGGCGGAGAACAUAUUGAGUAAAGAUCCAGAGACGAGGGGAGCACAUGGGCGGCGGUGGUGAAACUGCAGCGUGUAAUGCCAGAGCCACGAUUAUCUGAUGCAUCUUUACUGUCGCCGUUCAUUAUCCUCUCAAAUAUAUAAAUAAAUCUCUAUAUAUAUAUAUAAACGUAUACCUUGUUUACGCAUUACUAGGUUUAGAUUGGUGGGGUCCCUUUGAACUGAAGAAAGUCGAACGAAUAUGCAGAUCUAACCAGUCGUGUCCCCUGUCCUCUAGCUCCGCCUCUUUACUUGACAAACUGCAUUCUGUAGCCAUUCACCGUUUCCAUGUCUCGUCUUAAAACUCUUCAAAUCUAAAAAAACGCUUGAUGUCACGACCGGAUGUCUGUGUGCGAUUCAUUCUGUUUCCGAGUGCCAUAGGAAGGAUGUGAGAUGAUGUAAUAUUGAAAAAAAAUAAUACUUUUCUGUAACUGUCUCGACUGUGGGGGUGUGGCCUCUACCGUCUGUGUUCCAGGCCUUUUUUUUUUAAGGACAAACAGUGAAGGAUUAUCUGUUUGAGCUAAGGGACGUUUUUUCAUCCACAUCCGAUCAAAACAUUGAGACUCCUCCCCCCCGCUCACACUAAGCUCGAAGCCAACCCACGCAAUACGGCCCCGCCCCUCACCGCCGGGCCUGCACCGAGCGCACUGAUGUCAACCCGUCCAGCUUCACACUGUGAUUUCUGCCUUCAUCCCGGACGCCGGCAGAGACGUGAUGACAGGUCA